UAUUUAGGAACAUUUUUUAUUGCUAACAUAUAAUUAGCCUCGAAAUGUGGGCCUUUUUGGCAAAGAACAAAAAUGAUAUUAUUUACUUAUCGCUUUUAUUGUUCAGUGUUGCAAUAGGACCGUAUUAUCGGUCUAUUAAUUCAGUAAAUGCAAAAAAGUGGGCUGGAACUGGUCUUGGAUUACUUCUCAUUGUUAUUGUAUCGGGAUAUAAUGCUGUACAUCCUAUUUUGUCAGCUCUUCUCGGCAUUUUAGCUAUUAAACUGGCGACCGUGAAAUAUUGUCAUGUGGUCACAUUCUUCCUCAUGUUUGGCUACCUGUUUUGCUUUAGACUAUCCGAUAAAUUUGGUCUCCCACUACCGUCAGGACAAACCAAUCUCAUUGAGAUGAUAAUUGUCCUUCGAGUUGUGGGAGUAGCAUUUGAAAUCAAUGGAUCUUGGUUAGCGGUGGGAAAGGCUAACAAAAAGAAGGAAGAAAAUAAAAGUGAAGUAAAGGAGACGGACAAGGAUGAUGAAUUUUUGGAAAUAAUUAACCCUAACCUUGAAGACUUAUUUCAUUAUUCAUUUACCUAUGUUGGCUUGCUUACAGGUCCUUACUACAGAUACAGGACUUUUGAUGACUAUUUCCACUUGCCCUACAGCAAGUAUGCAGACUGCCUGGGCGCCACAAUCAACACACUGAAGAUGGUGCCUUUGUACAUAUCCUUGUAUCUUGCAUUGUCCAACAUCUGGCCAUUAGAGUAUGUCCUGACUGAAGAGCACAACAACCGAAACUUCAUCUACCGAAUGAUGUAUCCAUGGGUGCUGUUUGCCGCGUUCCGCCAACGCAUUUACUCCGGCAUGACACUGGCUGAGAGUGUGUGCACGUCGGCUGGCGUCGGCGCGUAUCCUGUGCAAGGCAGGAAUAGGACCGGACAUGGACCUACUGUUGGAUAUUUGAAGCUCAAACAAAUGACCGAGGAAGAGGCAAAAAAAGCUCAAUAUGAUUUCAAAACAAUGGAGUCCAUGGAUGUAUGGGGCUGUGAGACCGUGGAGACACUGCGCGACUCCAUGAAGGUCUGGAACAAGGCUGUGCAGUACUGGGUCGCUAUGGUUGUCUACAAGAGGUUCCCUGUUAAACCGCUCAAGAUUCAUGCAGCGCUGUUUGUGUCUGUGAUAUGGCAUGGAUUCCAUGCUGGGUAUUUCUUCUGCAUUUAUGCUUGUCCAUUCUAUUUGAUGGCCGAAGACAUUUACUACAAGCUUUACUACAAGGAAGCCACUGGAAUGAAAAAGAGGAUAAUUGGAUUUGUGAUGUGGUUCUUAAGGUCCCACUCAGAGUCAUAUCAAGCGGCCGCCUUCCUUUUGCUCACUUUCGAUCGAAUCUGGAUAUACUAUUCGUCCGUGUACCACUACUGGUAUGGAGUGUGGCUCGCGUUCCUUUUACUGGGUAUUGUGUUGAGUAAAACACAAAAGCGUAAGCCCAGGAAACUACAAGAGAAAUUAGACAAUAAGUCGGAAGAAAAAGUAAAGGAAAAUUGAUGAAAAGUGAUUAAUAUUUCAUAGAGAUUUAGAGAAAUUAUUAUUUU